CAUAACAAAUAAAAACAACAUUUCAGCCACACCUUUGAAUUAAAAAAUAUUUUCAUAAUGAAUUAUCCUAUGUUGAAGUUCAAUGGGGUUGAAGAGAAACUUUCUUUGUUUUAAUCAAUUGUUAGAAUGAACAUGAAGAAACGGCGGACAUGGUGGGGCUUUUCAGCUUUUACUUUGAAGGGAGAGCGGCCGCUUCCGCCGGUCGGCCCUCACUCGGUCCAGCCUCACGCGCCUCCUGGAGGAGACUUCACGCGACUUCAGGCAGAAGCGGAGGCGCGGAGUCCUGACAACACGGAGGAGGAGCAGAUCCCGACAUCUGUCCGGCUGCACUCGUUCCCUCUGUCUCAACUUGAACGGAAUCGAACCAACGGUUCCCUCUGAGUCCGGGAGCAUCCGUGGAAGUUCGGGCUGGAGAUGUCCGGAUCGUUCUGCAGAACUUUAUACCCGUUCAGCGGGGAGCAGCACCAGCAGGGACUGAGCUUCCAGGCCGGGGAGGUGGUGAAGGUGGUGCAGGCUCUGCCCGGAGGCUGGUGGGAGGGAGAGAAGGACGGAGCCCGGGGCUGGUUCCCGUCCAGCUACGUGCAGGUCACGGAGAGGACGGCGUCUCUGGGUCAGCUUCCAUCUGAGGACCUCAGAGAGCCUCUGCCUCCUCACUGGAGAUGCUACAUGUCCCCACAGGGGCGGAGAUACUACGUCAACACCAUCAACAACGAGACCACAUGGGAGCGGCCGUCCAGCACCCCGGGGACCCCCAAGAAUUUCCUCCGACACAAGAACUCCCUUCCAGCAGUGAAUGGAUUUCACUCGAGUGGAAGCUCCUUCCAUCAUGGAGAAAAUUCCCACAACAACCUGGUGAGGAAGUGCAGCACAGAGCCUCAGAGCCCGGGAUCCACGUCGCCAACAAGGAGGCAGAGUAAGGAGUCCAAGGUCACGAUCAACUGUGUGACGUUCCCGUCUCCAUCCUGCAUUACUGAGCAACAGCUGCUGAAACCAAAUGAAUGGAGCUACUGUGACUAUUUCUGGGCUGACAGGAAGGAUCCCCAGGGCAACGGCUUCAUGUCAGGGUUUGAGGUUUUGCUGCAGAAACAGCUGAAGGGUAAACAGAUGCAGAAAGAGAUGGCCGAGUUCAUACGAGAAAGGAUAAAGAUAGAAGACGAAUACGCCAAGAACCUCUCCAAGCUCUCGCAGACUCCAUUGGCAGGACAGGAAGAAGGGUCUUUAGGGGAGGCGUGGACCCAGCUGAAGAAGAGCCUGGCAGAUGAAGCUGAAGUUCACCUCAAGUUCUCCUCAAAGCUCCAAAGUGAGGUGGAAAAACCUCUGUUGACCUACAGAGAGAACUUCAAGAAGGACAUGAAGAGGCUGGACCACCACAUCUCCGACCUGCGGAAACAGCUUGCUGGUCGCUACACAGCCGUGGAGAAGGCCCGUAAAGCUUUGGCCGACAGGCAGAAGGACCUGGAGCUGAAGCUGCAGCAGCAGGAGAUGAAGCUCAGCAGCAAGGCGGAGGAGGACAUGAAGAAGGCCCGCCGAAAAUCCACUCAAGCAGGAGACGAGCUGAUGCGCUGUGUCGACCUUUACAACCAGACUCAGUCCAAGUGGUUCGAGGAGAUAGUGACCACCAGCCUGGAGCUGGAGAGGCUGGAGCUAGAAAGGGUGGAGAUGAUCCGACAGCAUCUGUGUCAGUACACCACCCUGCGGCACGAGACGGACAUGUUCAACCAGAGCACCAUGGAGCCAGUGGACCAGCUUCUGCAGGUCGUGGACCCCGGCAAAGACCGAGAGAUGUGGGUACGCGAGAACAGGACGGGCGAGGUCCGGCCUGUGGACAUCGAGGUCUGAGCCCCCCCCCCCGCCCACAUGGACCGGGACGGCUGCCGCAGCGGGUGGAUGUCAUUUUAGGUGGUGUCACGAUGUUCUGGAUCUCAGAACCUUUGAGUGCGGACUUUUGAAGUCGUUCCGGUGAAAAAGACUGAAGGCGCAUCGUGACUCAGCAGCUUUGCUCUGACCCUCAGCCCCGCCCCCGGCAGACACUGUUACCGUGCAGAAGAGCUGAGCCCCCCUCCCUUUAUCUGCUGCAGCUCCACGUGGAGACGGGGCGGUCAUUGCUCACGAUGAAUGCAAAGUUGAGAAAUAAUUAUGACGUCCUGGUUAACCCGACACCAUGCAGGAUGGAAAAACACCGAACCAGAGGAAAAUCCUCCAACAGUGUCUACACCCGAAAAAGGGUUAUUCCUGACUCAUUCAGAACAAUCCAUCUUUGUGGGUUUUUGUGUGUCUCAAAUCUGUCUUGAACCGUUCUCAGUCUCGUUUCGGUUUGUUGGAGGAGGAUUUGAGCCAGUUUGGGUACCAAACUAAGACCCAAACUCUUCAGCAGCACAAACCUCACCACACUCAGUGAUCCUAGCUCAGAUGUGUGGAAAACGGUUGCAGGAGGAGAAGAAACUGCUGCACUGAGGCCAGUUUGAAAUAUGUUCACGAUUGUUCUGUUUCCAACAACAGUUUUUUUAUGGAAAGGUUUUUUUGUCGAUUUUUGGGAAACCUCAGUGAUGAUGUCCAGCGCGUCCUCUCAGUGCGCCACCAUCAGACUCAGCAGAUCUGUUGGCGUCGUGAUCGGGCCGACGUCCGAACAGCUCUGCAUCUCACAUCAGGAGGAAGAGGAUUGUGGAAGCGACAGGUCCAGCUGUCUUUUCCGUCCCAGCUCUCAGCUCAAAAUUUUCCAGCUGGACUGCUGUCAUGCUGGUUAUCCAGGCCAGGAGGAAUCUUUAAAGAAACGUCCACGAAUCGUGGGGACACACCAACGCUGUUCCACCAGGAAAUGUGGAAAGAGGAGGAGAGAAGAGCAUGCAGACCGGUAGCAUGCUGCUCUUUACUCAUUUCUGUUGGAACUCUGGGAAGAUAUUUGUGCUCAUGUCGGCCUCUUGGAGCUGCAGCACAUAAACUUGGGGGUCAGGACGCCAGCGGGGGUCAGAGGUCAGCCUUGAGCUGAUAAACAGUCAGACAUUCACCAAAGUGUCUUCACGCUCAGCAUAAACUGUUGCAUUCAUUCCUGACGGGGACUGUAAACCUUCUUGCACUUUACUCCAGAGUUUUGUUAAAGGUUUCGGACGUGGUGGAUGAGCGUGUCUGUUGUGAGCGUGGGACCGUCCCCUCGGAUCGACAGACGGGGUCUUCCAAAACGGCCACAUUCUUCUGGCGCUGAGAGGUUUGGAAACCUGCAAAGGCUUCAUCUGGACUGCAGAUGUGUCUGCAGGAGUCCAGCGGACGAGGCGUCCCGCAAAAAACAACCUUAGUGUUCCUGCUCUGCAGGCGCAGUUUUGUGCGUUAACAGCUGAAAGUUUGCUUUAAUAAACGAUAAAGAAGAA